AUGUCGAAACAGACCAAAUUCCCGAUGGGGAUCGACUCGAAAAAGAUUAGUGGUGAGCUAUUCACCCUUACGUAUGGCGCUUUGGUGGCGGAACUACUUCGGGAUUUAGAAAGCCCUCUGGCGGUUAACCGACAAUUGGACAAAAUGGGCUAUAAUAUAGGAUUACGAUUAGCCGAUGAUUUAUUAGCAAAAAAUUCUCAAAUUCAGCGUUGUACAGAUAUGCAUCAAGUUGCAGAUGUGCUCGCAAAAGUCGCUCUUCGCAGUUAUCUGGGAGUAACCGCGCAAGUGUCAAAUUGGAAUGCUCGUAAUGACGAAUUCUCGCUUGUCCUUGAAUCAAAUCCUUUAGCAGAAUUUGUUGAAGUCCCACCUGAAUUAGCACAAGAUCUUAGGUAUUCACAAAUACUUUGUGGGGCAAUACGAGGAGCUUUGGAAAUGAUGCACAUGGAAGUGCAAACAUUUAUUCUGCAGGAACACAGUCAGAGUGUUGAGAUUAGAGUAAAAUUCAUUCGAAUACUGGAAGAAUCAGUCCCACCAGGAGAUGAUUAG